AUGAACGUUAUCGCUUCAAGAAUAAACUACAUUGCUAGAUAUUCAGAGUCGGAUGAUCCGACCAAAGAGUUUGAGCGGGUCCAACUCGAGUCAAGCAUCCCAGACGGACAGGAGGACAACGUGAUAAAGCAUACGUCGGGAUGGUCUCGUGGAAAGUUCAGAGCAUACUAUAACAAGCGCAUGGUUCUCACCGUCGAAGCUAUCGAGGUGCAGAAAAGUAAGCGUCGGGCCAAUCAACUUGUCCAAGAGAUUGAACGCUUGAUUGAUCAGCGCACGCACUCUGGGAAAUAG